AUGUUGGGGUUGGUCACGUCGUUUGCGUUUAAUACUCUGUAUUACCCAUCAUCCUUGAUCAUCCGAACAGCAUUAUUUUUUAUAACUCCGGCUGUUGUUAAUAUCGGUCUAAAAUUAAUCUACCGGAUUGUUCGUGCUGUAGUCACAGUAUUUGCAGCUGGCAUUUCGCAUUCCAUCCAGAGGUUUUACGUUGUUGCGAUUGGCUCAAAAGAUUUCAAACGGGCCGAAGAGUUCAAGAAAAAGCAUCAGUUAACUGAUGCUGUUCCUUAUGGUUCAUAUGAAGAGUUUGUACGGGAUCCCAAUAUCGACAUUGUCUACGUCGGAACGCGUAAUAAUCAACACAAAAAUGAUGUAAUUCUUUGUGCAAAUGCAAAAAAGAGUAUUUUGUGCGAAAAGCCAAUGGGUCUGAGCAAAGCUGAAGUUGUAGAAAUGUUCGAAGCAGCUAAAAAGAAUGGCGUCUUUUUGCAAGAGGCGUUUUGGAGCCGAUACUUUCAAAUAUACAGAGAAAUUCGUAAAAUAAUUGACGAAGGGAAAGUCGGCGAGGUACAGGUUGUAGACGCGAGCUUGGGCCAUCCAAUGUUUGAUAAAGUGGAACGUUUACAUAGACGCGAAUUAGGUGGUGGAAUGGCACUUGACCUUGGGUGCUAUUUAGCUCAGUUUGCACUACAUGUUUUUGGCCAAGAUGCCAAGAUUGAGAAACUUCUGGCUGUUGGUUGGACAGACAAGGGUGUCGAUGUCACGGGAUCUUUCGUAAUAAAGUUUGAGGGCCAUAGAGUUGCUUCUCUCAGCUACUCUGGAACUGCUGAAAUGAAAUGUGCUGCCAACAUUUAUGGAACAAAGGGCAGAAUUGAGAUUCCAUCGAGCAUGCAUUCUCCGGAGGACUAUUCAGUUAUGGUAGUAGAUGGUGGUAAUCAGUCGUCAGAAAAUCACCAUAUUGAAAGACCAAAGGGUGAUAUGAACAAAUUCCAUUUUCCGACUUCGAAUGGUUUGGCAAACGAAGCCGCUGGAGUUCGAAAACACUUUUUGACAGGCAAGAGCAGUAAAGAAUGCUGUCCGGAGUUCACAGAGAAUGAGUCAUACAAAGUUGCUGAAAUUCUGGAUAUGAUUCGUAAACAAUUGGAAGUGGACUAA